AGCUUCACUGUCUCUGAAUCGGCAAAGAUUUAGAAGAAAAUGGCAACAGCAUCAGGAGGGACUACUCCAGGAACCGUCUCUAACAAAGAAUGGUGGGCGGCAACUGAUGAGAAAUUCCAAGCUUGGCCAAGAACCGCUGGUCCUCCUGUUGUUAUGAAUCCCAUUAGCCGUCAGAAUUUCAUCGUGAAGACCCGUCCGGAAUGAGAAAAUAAGUUCAAUGCUUUGAUUUUUCAGAAUAAGAUGAAUGAUAAUGU